GGGCGUUCCGCUCGGGACUACUGGAAGAGAGCGGGUCACGUGUGUUAUGCAAAUGAGCCAGCUGUCCGAGAGGAAGGCUCUGCUCGGCGGCUCUGCGGGCUGAAGAUGGCGGACGGAGAGAGCAGUCUCAGAGCGGCCUUUUCAGGGGCCUCCGACACGGAGGAACCGGCUGCGAAGAUUUCGAAAAUCAGUCCGGUGACUAACUAUGGAUUAAAAGCCGUCGAAGCGGACCAGCUCUCGUGCGUCUCCGCGGCAGCAGAGAGCUGGGAGGCGGCGCUGAAUUGUACGCAGCCAGCGGAGAAGGAAGCGAAGCCGGUGAUGGCGGUGGAGCAGGCCCCGGCGGCGCGAGGCGGAGACAACAAUGGGCUGGAAGUGUUGCUCCCCGAGCCGCACAAACCAGUUGUUAAACUGGGUGACACCACCGUCUUUGGCGCAACUGAGGAGAAUGCAGAUUUUCUUGAUCACGACGAUCUUCCCUCUAACGGUUUGGCUGUCACACCGGACCACAUCACCGAAGAGGAUGACAGGUCCUCACAUGCAAGCUCCAGCGACUGGACUCCUCAACCGCAAAUAGGUUCCUACAGUUUCAUCCAGCAACACAUUAGAGAGACAGAUCCGAGGGCCAUUCUGAGGGACUUGCUGCCUGAGACUGUACUCCCACCAGAUUUAGAUGACAUGACAUUGUGGCAGAUCAUCAUCAACAUCUCCGAGCCCCCAAAAAGAAAGAAGCGGAAGGAUAUUAACACCUUAGAAGAUGUGGUCAGACUACUACAUGAAAGUAAAAGGAUCCUAGUGCUGACUGGUGCUGGGGUUUCCGUUUCAUGUGGAAUACCAGACUUCCGCUCCAGAGAUGGAAUUUAUGCACGGCUGGCUGUAGAUUUUCCUGAUCUUCCAGACCCUCAAUCUAUGUUUGACAUUGAGUACUUCAGACGAGACCCUAGACCCUUUUUCAAGUUUGCUAAGGAGAUCUACCCUGGGCAGUUCGAGCCUUCUCCUUGUCAUAGAUUUAUAUCUAUGCUAGAUAAGCAAGGGAAGCUGCUGCGCAAUUAUACACAAAACAUCGAUACACUGGAACAAGUGGCUGGAGUUCAGCGGAUUAUCCAGUGUCAUGGAUCAUUUGCAACUGCAUCCUGUCUCGUCUGUAAGCACAAAGUGGACUGUGAGGCUAUAAGGGAAGACAUCUUUAACCAGGUUGUCCCUCGUUGUCCACGGUGUCCAGAUAUCCCCCUGGCAAUCAUGAAACCAGACAUUGUCUUUUUUGGAGAGAAUCUUCCAGAAAUGUUCCACAGAGCCAUGAAACAGGAUAAAGACGAGGUGGAUCUCUUGAUUGUCAUUGGCUCUUCACUUAAAGUCCGACCAGUUGCCCUCAUCCCAAACUCCAUUCCUCAUGAAGUGCCUCAGGUCCUGAUCAAUAGGGAGCAGCUGCCUCAUCUUAACUUUGAUGUGGAGCUACUGGGGGACUGUGACGUCAUUAUCAAUGAGCUCUGUCAUCGAUUGGCUGGAGACUUUGAGCAGCUCUGCUACAACACUGUAAGACUAACUGAGAUCACAGAGAAACCCCCUCGGUUACCAGAACAGCCACCACGUGAGGCCUUGUCUGCUUCGGGCGAUGCAGCUCAGGAGGAGCAGAAACAGCACACUACAGACUCAGUAAAUAUGCCUUCAGAGGAGACAGAAAGCCUGAAUGUCACAGAGACUGCUGAUAAUAAUGUUACACCUCUAGAGCCUUGUCCAAAUGCUCAGUGUCCAAGUGAGGAGACCACUGAACCUCCAGAGAAAGCAGCAGAGGGCGCACCAAAAGAGGAGGCAGCUGAACGAAAGAGCCAAACCUCCCACCUUGAAUUUCGUAGACGUUGCUGGAUGAGUCGAGUCAACAGAACUCCAAUCAGCAAACGCCUUGAGACAGGCCAAUACCUGUUCCAACCACCAAAUCACUAUAUCUUCCACGGGGCUGAGGUUUAUUCCGACUCUGAAGAUGAGACAUCGAGCUCCUGUGGGAGUGACAGCGAGGAGUCGGAAUGCUGUGCUGAAGGGGAGGAAGACAACAGCGAGCUGGAAGAUGCCGGCGUAAUACCAGCAGCGGAUGGAGAGACAUGCCUCAAAGACACAGUACCGCACACUUUAGCCAAUGAGGCCUCAUCAAGUGUGCAGAUGGACAGUAAUUCUGAAAAGACUCAGAGUACCACACAUGUUUAAAUGUAAAUUGCCCAUUCAACAAAGCACUAAUUGUCUUUUUAUAGAUAUAUAUAAAUAUAUACACAUAAGUUUCAUAUAUUUUUGACUCAUCAUCCUUAAUAUUCAGGGUUUCCGCCAGAAAAGUCGUUAGACCCAGUGGUCAGAGGAGAUUUAUUCUGUGUGGUAGCAAAGAAUCCAAGGAGUGUCUUUCUCUCUUUUCACAUCAUAAAGAGGUAGUGACGCAGGCUGUACGAGUGGCAGAGCAUCGAAUCAGACAAACGUCUCGGCUAUUAGUUUCACAGCUCAAAGAGAAUUCGUUUAUCGCAGUUCACCGGUUCUUAUUCUCCUUCAGGUUUCACUGUUGUAACUCUUCUGGGUGUUUAUAUUUGUGAGCUAAAACAUUAACAGCUGUAGCUGCUGUCUUUCGUAGAUUGAAAGAAAAUGUAAAUACAUACUAAGAACUCCUUGAUGCUUAAUGUUUAGUGUUCAGUCCACUGGGGUUCAGUGGGCCUCUGGGCUGUUAGUAGUCUGGUGGAAACCCUGCGUUCAUUUUUCAUAAAGUUCAAAUUGUGUGGCAACUUUGUGUGAAUAUGCAGCAGGUUUGUUUUUUUUUGUUUUUUUUUUCCUGCCUGUUUGGUCACAUACAUUGUGUCUGAAACUGCAUACUGUAUACUACUUACUAAAGUACAGUUUUUUUUUUUCCUUUUUUUUUUAAGAUUUCUUUCCAUGUUCUCAUCUAAUUUUGCAUUCACAUUUUCAGAAAUUUAACUGUUUCUUUCAUUUAGAUUAAGCUUUAAUUUCUACAUUGCAGUGAUUACAAGCAAAGGUUUCAGAUGUUAAUUUCGGUCCAUACAGCAAUGUCACCUGUGGUCUAAUGAUACUUUUUAGAGCUGGUUCACGCUACCAUUAGAAAACAUCAGUGCAUAAGCCAGCGGCCGAUCAGUGAUGGGUACUUUGAGUUUCAGACACAUACAUAAAUCUUCUGAUGGUUUACUUGAACGCACUAACUGCAAUAUAGAAAGUUCAGUUCUGCCUUUUCAUAAGGGUCAUUGGUGGAAAAGGAACAGUACUCUUUAAUUUUAGACCAAAGAACACUUUAUCAACACUCUCCUACGUUGUCAUAAGCUUUGUAUGUUUAAUCUGUCAUUUAAAUUUUCGAGAAAAAAAAUAUAACUAUUGACAAGGUGUUCCUUCUGACAUGUGGCAGCUACUUUUUAUGGUCAAGCCUCUUAUUUUUUAUACUCUGAUGUGAGACAUACUCAUCGAAGGGUAGAUGAUAGUUUUUAUCUGUACAAAGGUGGACUGAGUUGUAAUAUUAAGCCUUAGGAAUAUAUUCACAUUGAAAAUGACACCUUUUGUCCUUCUUAUAAACCUGGUUUUGUUGCCUGUGUCACUUUUCAUGAGGAGUCUGCUGCCUGUAACGUGUUGGUAUAUAGACAUAAUUGAGCCAAUGUGUUGGAUAAAUGUCUACACUGACGUAAUUCACAUGCCAUUGACAAGGUAAUGUUUUGUUUACGGUUUAACGAGAUAAGAUUUUUUUUUUUUAAACAUCAUUGUAGUUAUUUC